AUGUCAUUAUACGCAUCUUCAAAAUCGAGGAGAAAAUCUACAAACAAUCCAACAAACUCUUCCUCAAUUUUAACGCCUUCAAAUAACGUACAUCCUUCACCAGUAAACAGCUUAACGGAUGAUCAGCGUCAAGAGAUAAAGGAAGCUUUUGAUUUAUUCGAUACAGACAAAGAUGGCUCAAUCGAUUAUCACGAAUUAAAAGUUUCAUUUAGAGCCUUAGGUUUCGAUUUGAAGAAACCUGAAGUAUUGAAAUUACUACGUGAUCACGAUAGAAGGGGAGACGGUUUGAUGGAAUACGAAGACUUUUUUAAAAUUAUGACAGACAAGAUCGUCUCACGAGAUCCAUCGGAAGAGAUACGUAAAGCAUUCAGUUUGUUUGAUGAGCAUGGCACGGGUAAAAUUACUUUAACGUCAUUAAGACGCGUCGCUAAAGAGCUUGGUGAACCUCUAGAUGAAGAGGAAUUACAGGCUAUGAUUGAUGAAUUCGAUUUAGAUCAAGAUGGUGCCAUUAACCAGCAAGAAUUCUUCUCAAUUAUGACAGACGAGGUUUGA